AGGUGGGGCAGCCCCGGUUCCAAGAAGCUGUAGGCGCGACGUUCGGCCGAUGUUUGACGCAAGCUAACGGAAGAACGAUUCCUUUGUCUACGUAAAAAACCUACCUUUAGGCAUUUGAUUUUUCCUAGUCAGAAGCAACAAAACAACGUCGACACUAGUCAAUCUGAUUGCCAUCAACAGAGCAAGGAGCUGUGAAUUCCCCCCAAAUAUCAUAAUUCACCGCCCGCUGGGCCCUCGGCCAUCAUGACGGAGGUGAUCAUGACACAGACGCCCCCUGUCCUCAAUGGGCCCUCCGAAAAGGAGAAGAAGUACGACAGACAGCUGCGACUUUGGGCCGCCAGUGGUCAAGCGGCUCUUGAGUCUGCCAACAUCCUCCUGGUCAGCUCUGGUGGUGGAACUGUUGGUGUAGAGACCCUCAAGAACUUGGUGCUGCCCGGCAUUGGUCAGUUUACCAUUUACGAUCCGGCCACAGUGUGCGAGUCCGAUUUGGGAGUCAACUUCUUCCUGGAUGAGGAUUCACUGGGCAAGUCAAGAGCACAAUGCUGCACAGAGAUGCUGCUUGAGCUUAAUCCUGAAGUCCAUGGAGAAUGGCACCCAAACAGCGAGCAUGGCGCUCUCACCCUUGCGCAGCUUCUUGAAAAAUCGCCAACUUUUACCAUGAUAAUCUAUUCCCACCCCAUCACUGAGGCUGACAAGGACCUGCUCUGGACUUAUGGCAGCCAACACAAAACGCCCCUUAUCUCCAUGCAUUCGGCAGGGUUCUACUCUUACUUUCAGGUCAAACUGCCCGGCGCAUUCCCAAUAGUAGACACUCAUCCUGAUGAGACCGCCACCACCGACCUGCGACUGCUUACACCUUGGCCAGAGCUGCAGCAGUUCGCCAAGGAGCUGACGCAUAAUAUCGACAGCCUAGAUGAUCAUGAACAUGGUCACCUGCCGUACGUGGCGAUCCUGCUCCACUAUCUCGACCAGUGGAGGGACGCACACGAUGGGCGUUAUCCGACGACAUACGCAGAGAAAAAAGAAUUCAGAACUCUUGUGUCACAGGGGACAAGGAUAGGUAACGCCACGGGACCAGAGGAGAACUUUGAGGAGGCUGUUGCUGCGGUGCUGAAAACUAUAUCGCCACCUUCGCUACCAGAUGGCUUGAGGGAAGUGUUCCGAUACCUGGAUUCUCACAAAACAGAGGAAAGGACAGGCUUCUGGCUCAUCGCAGCGGCUAUACGACAGUUCUGGGAGAACAACAAGUGUCUACCUGUGCCAGGCAAGGUGCCCGACAUGAAGGCACAGUCGAAUGUAUAUGUCCGCCUUCAAAACAUCUACAAAUCAAAAGCCCGGAAAGAUGUAGCCGAGGUCCUGGACAUUGUACGGUCAUACCCUGGUGGCGGAGAGGUCGAUCCUUCAGGGGUGGAACUGUUCUGCAAGAACGCAGCGUUCGUCAAGCUCAUCAACGCAGCCGAGGACGGGACCAACAGUGAUCGGCUAGCAAAGGUUGUGGAGGCCGAACUAGCCAACGAUGCCGUCGCCGAGGCGAGCAUGAUGCCGCUCUCUUUGGUCCCAAUAUACUUGGCACUGUCCGUCACCGCACACGACCCCACCGCCACAAGGGAGCAGAUUAUGAGUGCUAUCAAAGACUGUGUGCCUAGUGUGGGUGAUCAUGAGCGGCUAUUGGAGGUUUCGGAAGAGGUUGCCAGGGCGGGAGGCGCAGAGCUUCAUAAUAUCUCGGCCUUGACGGGCGGCAUGGUCGCGCAGGAGAUGAUCAAGAUCAUUACAAAGCAAUACAUCCCAGUCGACAACACAUGUGUCUUUGACGGGAUUGGGAGCCGCUGCCAGACACUUCGUCUCUAAAGUGGGGAGGGGGGCAGGACAGCGGCGGAGCACACCAAGAGCCCGAGGUCCUCGACGCGAGCUCAGCUUGUACGGCUGAUGAGGAUACGCAGAGGUAUAUUUGGGCUCUGAUGACGAGAGGUUGUUCUCAAAGUCGCAUCGACAACAAACCGCGCAAUCUGGCUGAUUUGGGCGUUUGUCGGCACUGAUCUUGCACAUCCGGGCUUUUAUGACACAAUUUCUCACUGCAUCCACACGUUGUGUAAAAUUGGCCCAGAGACCGAAGCAUUGCGCUACGUACAUGUCAGAAAAAAAAGGUCUGGAGAGACUAAUCAGAGACUAGAGUUUCUUCCCCGGAAUAUUACGAAUAUGCAUAGGCGCAGGUUAAGGUUCAUUGGGAGGUUAAGAAAUAACAAAAGUGAGCAGUUACCCAGAGCUAUUUUCGUGCAUUCACCGCCAAGGGCAUUGGCCAACUGGAUAUUUACUUCGAUGCUCACCCGUUCCGACCAAGUAAUGUGGUUUCUGGAUGCGGAGAAUAGACCGGACCGCCAGUCCGGGAGAGCACGAGGGCAAUGAUACCCUGCCCCAUACGCCGCGCACUGGGCAAUGUCCGGGGUAAAAUAAGCAAGAAAUUGAACAAGUGGCACACUGAUACGAUUCCAAUAUCUUUUGUCAGUCACUAAUGUUGCGUGACGAAAUUGCAGACUAUGUAGGCAUUAGAGGAGCAAGAUCAAGUCAAACUCUUGCUCCCGUUCCAAGCACCCAAUUAUGGAUGCGUGUAGGGGUGGUGCGGGUUGAACAAGGGAAACAAGUGCCGGAGCUUUUAGUCGAGCGAGGCUGAUAUCACUCCAGGGCGGUAUACUCCCCAUCACCUUCUGACCUAUUACAUCGAGUCUGAGAUAACCGCCACCGAUUCGACCAUGUGCAUCCAUUGAAGCGGGUGGGCGGUACCUGGGAGACGAGGCAAAAAAAAGAGAAAGAAAAAAGAAAAGAAAGAAAGAAAGAAAGAAAGCCCUGAUCCGCGGCUCAUUACUUCAGAUGAACGUUGUUUUUUUGGCGCACAUCUUGCCUUGUUUACCCAGCACGGCGGCAAGAAGACGUUUGACGAGAGGCAAAAAGAUUAUCAAAAAGAAAAAUAAAAAUGGGUGGGCUAUAGCCAACACAAAGCUACGCUCGCCACGCUACGUAGUCUGCUGAAACAACAGCAAUAUAGAAUAUCCUGCAGUUAGCCUUUUUACCUUGUUAUGGGGGGAAACAACAAAAUUGGAGGGUCAUGGGGAAAUAUGGGAAGGAGAGAAAAAAA